CCCGGAGGCCCUGCCCACUGGUCAGCUCAGCCAAUCGUGGCGCGGCCAGGCCGCGGAGGCGGGGCCGGGCGGGCUGCAAAGCGGGGCCUUAAAGGCUGAGUCAGGCACGACCCGGCCAGAACCUUCGGCCCCGGCGACCUCUGGAGAGGUUUUUGAAACAUGAAUCCUUCACUCUUGUUGACUGCCCUUUGCUUGGGAAUAGCCUCCGCUGCUCCAAAACUUGAUAAAAGUUUAGAUGCACUCUGGCACCAGUGGAAGACAACGCACAGGAGACUGUAUGGCAUGAAUGAAGAAGGAUGGAGGAGAGCAGUGUGGGAGAAGAAUAUGAGAAUGGUUGACCUGCACAAUCAGGAAUACAACCAAGGGAAACAUGGCUUCACCAUGGCAAUGAAUGCCUUUGGUGACAUGACCAAUGAAGAAUUUAGGCAGAUGAUGAAUGGCUUUCAAAACCAGAAACACAAGAAGGGGAAGGGGAAAGUGUUCACUGAACCUCUCUUUCUUGAAGUCCCCAAAUCUGUGGAUUGGACUCAGAAAGGCUAUGUAACUCCUGUGAAGAAUCAGGGUCACUGUGGUUCUUGUUGGGCCUUUAGUGCCACUGGUGCCCUUGAAGGACAGAUGUUCCGGAAAACUGGCAAACUUGUUUCACUGAGUGAGCAGAAUCUGGUAGACUGCUCUCGGCCUCAAGGCAAUGAGGGUUGCAAUGGUGGCCUAAUGGAUAAUGCCUUCCAGUAUGUUAAGGACAACGGAGGCCUGGACUCAGAGGAAUCUUAUCCAUAUCUUGGAAGGGAAACAAAUAGGUGUAGCUAUAAGCCCAACUGUUCUGCUGCCAAUGACACUGGCUUUGUGGACAUCCCUCAGCGGGAGAAGGCCCUUAUGAAGGCAGUGGCAACUGUGGGGCCCAUCUCUGUUGCUAUUGAUGCAGGCCAUACAUCCUUCCAGUUCUAUAAAUCAGGUAUUUAUCACGAUCCAGACUGCAGCAGCAAAGAUCUGGAUCAUGGUGUUUUGGUGGUUGGCUAUGGCUUUGAAGGAACAGAUUCAAAUACAAAUAAAUUUUGGAUUGUCAAGAACAGUUGGGGUCCAGAAUGGGGCUGGAAUGGCUACAUAAAAAUGGCCAAAGACCAGAACAACCAUUGUGGAAUUGCCACAGCAGCCAGCUAUCCCAUUGUGUGAGCUGAUGGAUGGUGAUAAGAGAGGACUUGAGGACAGCACAUCUGGAGGAAUUUUAUCUUAAAACUGACCAAACCCUUAUUGUAUAAGAUAAAACACUUGAAUCAUUGAGGAUCCAAGUUGUGAUUUGAAUUCUGUGACAUUUUUAUAAGGGUAAAAUGUUAUCACUACUUUAAUUACUGUUAUAAAUAGCUUUCUAAUGUUGAAGACUCAUUGCUUAACUCUGAGACUUUUGAAUUUUCAUUUUUUAAAAGGAUAUAUAAAACUUUACCUUUUACAAUAAAUUUUGAUUCAAUACGUAAAGG